CAUUUAAGAAUUAUCUUUUCCUCGCUCAAGCAGACAGCCUCCCUCUCUCUCUCAUUCUCUCUCGCGCGCACGCACGCACGCACGCACGCACAGAGAGAGGCCGCCGCGCUUUGAUCUUCCUUAACAACAGUGCACGUCACUGCAGAAAGGGAGUUUUGUCAGGCGGAACGCGGCGCGAGACUUGUUCAGUGGCUUGCAAGCAGCAGAGACGGCGAGAGCGGCAUCAGCACAAACCUCCGUCCUUGCCGUGAAGGAAGAUUCCCCCCCCCAACACUUCUUUCUUUUGCUCAACUUUUUUCCUCCUCCGUGCCAAAGUCUACGCCGAAGCCAUGGAGCACCAGCUGUUCUGCUGCGAGGUGGAUACCAUAAGAAGAGCUUACCACGACACCAACUUGUUGAACGAUCGAGUUUUGCAGACAAUGCUGAAAGCCGAGGAAAACUAUCUUCCCUCGCCCAAUUAUUUCAAAUGCGUGCAGAAAGAAAUUGUACCAAAAAUGAGGAAAAUCGUCGCCACAUGGAUGCUAGAGGUGUGCGAAGAACAGAAAUGUGAAGAGGAGGUUUUCCCUUUGGCCAUGAACUACUUGGACAGGUUUCUUUCUGUCGAACACACUAAAAAGACGCGACUGCAGCUGCUGGGAGCCGCCUGCAUGUUUUUGGCCUCUAAAAUGAAGGAAACCGUGCCAUUAACAGCUGAGAAGCUUUGCAUAUACACGGACAACUCCAUCCGCCCCGGUGAACUAUUGCAAAUGGAGCUACUUGUACUGAAUAAGCUGAAGUGGGAUCUAGCGUCUGUGACACCACAUGACUUCAUUGAACAUUUUCUCACCAAACUGCCCAUUCAUCAGAGCGCCAAGCAGAUUCUGCGUAAACAUGCACAGACGUUUGUGGCUCUCUGCGCAACAGAUGUCAACUUCAUCGCUAGCCCUCCCUCGAUGAUUGCAGCAGGAAGCGUUGCCGCAGCUGUCCAGGGACUCUACUUGAAGGGUGCCGACAGUUCUUUAUCAUCCCAGAACCUCACCCACUACCUAUCCCAAGUUAUCAGGAGUGACCCAGAUUGUCUUCGAUCGUGCCAGGAGCAGAUCGAAUCUCUGCUGGAGUCCAGUCUGAGGCAGGCACAGCAGCAAAGCAUCUCCACAGAAAGCAAACGUGUGGAGGAGGAUGUGGAUCUCUCAUGCACUCCUACAGAUGUCAGGGACAUUAACAUCUGAGGGUGCAGGCCUUUGUCUAGAGUCUUGUUUUUCAUUGGGGUAAUGGGCUUUGACCAGAGGCUUCAUGGGACUAGAGGGCAAACAGCCCCCAAACCAUCAGAGCCCACACAGGCACCUCAACCAAUCGUAAUCAGCCCCUCAGCAUGCCCUCACUGUUGACCCCUCCGUGGCACCCCCAGUGGCCUUCAUGAUUGGGCUGUUGCUGGCCAGGACCACCAGAAGAGGACAAGGGAAGGAUAAAAAACUUGAUAAUUCCUUCCACAUUACUUAUUUCCCUCUUUCAAACCCUCUUCACAUAACUUGAGUCAAAAAAAAAGACAAAAAAUGUAUAGUUAAUCUAGGAUUUUUUAAAAUUGCAUCAGCUGCAUAUAUUAUUUAUGUAGUUGGUACUUGUCUAAUGUACAGACAAGGAAAUAGGUUUGUAAUUUUAUUUCAAAUGUAUCAAUAACCAUUAUUUGAAAGAGAAAAGGCAUUAUUUUUCUUUUAUCUCUUUCUUUUAGCUAGUAUAAUGUCACACAUGCUAACAGUCAACCCAGCCAUUUUUGUUGUGCAGUCUAGGCAUGUGUAUGUAUCCCCGCUUGCUUAUGCGUUUAGUCACUUUAUUCUAUUGUCUAGACUUUUAAAAUCCCUAACAUGUUUCUUUUUUUCUUUUUAAAAUGGCUUGUGUAACCCUAGUAUCUUUUGUUAAGCAUGUGUUAUUCUAUGUUAUGAAUUAGAGGCCUGUGGAUUGCCAAAGCUAAGGCUUUAACUUAUCACCAGACAGAACCAUUUCCAUUUCCCCCAAUUAUUUUUGUUUGUUUGACUGUUUUCACUGCCAAUGCCACCACUGGUUGUGACACAAUAAGCUUCUCUCCUACCCGCUUCCUAUGUUACAUUCGCAGUGCAAUCCACAGUCUACAUUCUGUUUAGAUUUAUGUAUUAUAAUCUAAAACCAUUCCAUUUGAAAAAGAAAAAAAAAAAGCACUUUCAGUCUGUCUUGUAAGGCUGACUUAAGAAAAAAAUCCACAUUUGUAAAACAAAACAGAAAAAAAAACACAUGGAAUGGAGUAGAAUUUGAUGGCAGGUAUAUUUCCUGUCUGCAGCAUGGAGCAGGUCUCUUUAUGGUGUUAUAGGUUAUAGAGAGAGAGAGAGAGAGAGAGAGAGAGAAAUGGAGAGUUGGAAAAGAAAUGGAUUCUCAGAAUAGUAAAGGAGCAUUACAGCAACCGUCAACAUCCAACAGGCUCAGAUGGAUGCUGGAGAACAUUGAGGUGCAAUCUCAAUGAAAGCGACCCACACAAGCCUGCCACCGUUCAGCUCCAGGCGCAUCAAUGAAACACUAACAAAAAAAGCUAUGACAAAGAUUAAGAACUAUUUAUUUUUUUCUGUCCCCCAUGUAUAAGGCCAGUAUGGAACACGACCACAGGAUGCCUGAGUUUUGAAGUGUGCUCACUGCACAACUGUUUGCUACCUUGUGUGUAACAUUGGUUUGUUUGGAAGAUCAGCAAAGCGCCGUAGUUAUUGUUCAGCUGGUAAAGUCUGGAUGAGAAACAUGCAAACAAACAAAAAUCGAAUUACAAGAAAAAACAAAGUGCUGUGGCCUCUAGAAGAUUUUGCACAAACCCCAAGAUGUAAUGUCCUCUUUCAAUUCUCAAUGGAGGAGAAAACAGGGAUGAAGGCGGACGUUAGAGGUGGCAGAGUGAGACGUUAAAAAAGGGGUGACGCCUGGACAGUAGAAAGUAACUGCAGAACUAAACUAAGGUGUUUAUACAAUGAGAAAAAGAAGAGAACACGGGAGCAUACACUCCUCACUUUAGCUGCUACGGUGGGAUUUCUGGCAAGUAUGAGACUUUGAACGAAAAAAAGGAAAAGACAUGCUUUGUUCUCUUGUCUUGUUUUGCUGCUAUUUUUGGUUUUGUCUAUGUAUAAUGUCAAUAUACUGCCAUAGUUUUUUUUUUUUUUUUAAUUUUCUCAUAGAAAAUUAUGAUAUUGACAUCAGUUUCUUUUGGUAGUUUUUUAUGUGAUCAGUUUUUAUUAAUGUGAUUUCUGCGCUAUUCCAAAAAGAGGAAAAAAAAAAGAAAAAAAAAGACAAAUGUUUCUGUUCUACCCAUAAUACCUCAACCAGUCAUGAUUUAAUAAUGAUUUUUUUUUUCCUCAGUUCUGCCUUUUGUUUUACUUUGUUAUUUAGUAUCUGCUGGUCCAGUAAUUGGACACUCAUUAUACAUUACAUUUUCCUUCUGGGUCCUGAUAUGAGCAAAAAAAAGAAAAAAAUAAAGAAAUAACAACGAGAGAGAAAGAAAGCGCAUUAAAUGAAAUUGGUGCCAUUAACAGUUUGAUUAUAUAACUCAUGUGAGUUUUUAAAUGUUUCAUUGAGAGACUUUUAUGCCCCUGCCUUUAGGCCCCUCGUGGCCUGAUCUAAAUGUAUUUAUAAAGCUUUUGUUCAAAUUGAAAGCAGAUAUGAAAUUGUGAAUUUUACAGAGCCAUAGUGUUGUAGUAAUUUAACAUGGCUCCCGUGUUAAAAGCUGGAUAUGUUGCUUUGAACACAAGAAGCUUGGCAUGUUAACAUCACAUGUGUCAAUAUCACAAUAAAUGGCAUGUAGAUGCAACCAGCAGUAGUGCUUUUUUUCAUAUUGCAUUCACAGGAUAUUUCCAAACUUCAAAAUGUUUUUUAUUUAUUUUAAACAAGAGUUUAUCCUUGACUUCCCCCCCUUUCCCAGUCACCUUUCACUUUUAGCCAUAGACAUGGUGCUGCUAUUUUUUUGCAUUGUAACUGGAGAUAUUACUUUUAUAUAAAGAGAUGCAGCUUGGAGUUACAGGGUGAGCUACUGGCUAACCCAGGACCCAGGGGGACAAAACCACACAUUACUCUGCAUAAUAUCAGGAAUGUUUGUUACCUCAAGACAAAAAAGUCUAACAAGACAUACAGGUUUAAAGAACUAAAUAAAUGUAAAGGAAAAGACCAGAUGAUGUAGAGGUUUUUCACCCAUUUUCUUUUUGAAUGUUCAAGACGAGACAGUGACUUCAAAACAAAAACCUCAAACCCUAUAAGGCUUGGCUUUUUGUCUUGUAAAUAAAAGCAGUUGUUCUUUUUAGUCUUGAAUUGUGUUAAUCAAGAAACACUCUAGUAAAUGUAGUAAUGACCAAGAAAUAAAAUGUCAUUUGUGUGUUUUUUUUUUCCUUUUGCUGGUCCGAAAUGCACAAUCUUUACUGGCAGACCAAUUCUAGACAGUAUGUUAGCUAGAAUAAAAGUUGCGCUUCAAAACC